GUAACGUGGGAGACGUUUACACGCAAUCAGGAACUAUUAUAUUAAAUGUAAAUGUAAAUAAUGCGUUCAGUUAUUUAUACUGCUGCGAAGUUUUCUGCAGCUUUUCUCUGUUCGCAGUCCUCUCGGAAAAGCAAGUCUUUCAUUUCAGCUGCUUCCUUUCAUUUGAGAAAAAUGGUGCACUACCUAACAGAGCAGAGGGGACGACCAAACUCAACUGACUACAGGAUUUAUUUAAAAACUUCCGGUGGAAAAUACAUAUCCCCUUUUCAUGACAUUCCUCUGUAUGUUGCUGAUGAACAGGAAUGUGGCGUUCCACCAAAGAAAUUAAAAACGAAUGAGAUCCUGUUUAAUAUGGUCGUAGAAGUUCCUCGUUGGUCAAAUGCCAAGAUGGAGAUAGCAACAAAGGAACCAUUAAACCCGAUCAAGCAAGAUGUGAAGAAAGGCAAGCUACGAUAUGUAGCUAACAUUUUUCCGCACAAAGGUUACAUUUGGAACUAUGGUGCACUUCCACAGACAUGGGAAGAUCCCAACCACACUGACAAGGAAACCACGUGCUGUGGAGACAAUGACCCCAUAGACGUGUGUGAGAUUAGCUCCAAGGUGUGUGUAACGGGGCAGGUGAUUCAGGUUAAAGUUCUUGGAAUUCUGGCUUUGAUAGAUGAAGGAGAGACUGACUGGAAGGUAAUAGCCAUCAAUAUAGAGGACCCAGAUGCAUCAAGCCUUAACAGUAUUGGGGAUGUGAGAAAGAUUAAGCCUGGUCAUCUUGAGGCUACGGUGGAUUGGUUUAAAAAAUAUAAAGUACCAGAUGGAAAGCCUGAGAACAAGUUUGCAUUCAAUGGACAGUUCAAGGAUAAGGACUUUGCUAUAGAAGUCAUAAAAUCAACACACAGCUUCUGGAAAGCAUUAGUGAUGAGAACAAAGAUGAAAGGUGAUGAAAUUGUUUGUCAGAACACCUCCUUGUGCGAUAGUCCAUUCAAAUGCAGUGAUGCAGAGGCCAGUGCUGUGGUUCAAGCUGCUGCAGAAUAUGGGGAACCCCUCGCAGUAUCUUCUGAAGUGGACAAAUGGCACUUUGCAAAGUAAAAGAUCAUUCACACUUUGCAGAGUGAUCUCACAAGAAGGUAGAAAAGGGCAGACGAUGCCUUUACAUGGGUUUAGUAAUGUCCAUUCUUAUGUUUCAUUAAUAUUUUACUUUUAAAACUUGUCUUUAUUUAUUAGCACAAGGCAUACACACUUACUUGUCAUUCAUUUGUUAUCAUAUAUGUAAGUAAUUUUCUUGUAUUUCAGUAUUCUUGCAGUGAUAUUGUUUGACAUGUUUCUGUACUUAAUUACUCGUUUUUACAUAUUUCAAAAUACACGUGUUUCAGUGCCAAAGCUCAUGUUACCUUUCUUACUUUAAAGGUUAAAUAGUCAACCAUUUUCACAA